CUCCCAGAAGGGGUGCAAAGGAAAGGAGAGCGCGUGGCGCUCCGGCACCCGCGCACGCGCUGUAGUCUCACCCGGCCUUUGCGCGCGCGCGGCCGGCGCUGCAUCUUUUCUUCAGGCCCGCCCCCCUCUUCUACUUCAGCAAGCGGAGGCGAGGAGCGAAAGCAGGGAAGUGUGGGGCGAGGUGGGCGGGGCGUCGCACGCGAGCGCGGCCUGCUAAAGAAGGGAGGAGGAGGGAGAGAUCCAAGAAUUCGUUACCCCGUCAACACCCAAUGGAGAGCAGGCUUGACCCCGCCCCCUCUCCUCAUGUUAUUGGCUGGGAGGCCCCCAGAUGGGCGGGGUUGGCCGUGGGGUUGGGGAGGGCAGGGGGCGGAGAGGAGGAGGAAGGCGCUGGCGGGCAGUGAUGGCGGCGGGUGAUGGGGACGUGAAGCUAGGCACCCUGGGGAGUGGCAGUGAGAGCAGCAGCGACGGCAGCAGCGAGAGCCCCAGCGGCGCGGGAGCGGCAACAGAAGGGGGCGGCUGGGCGGCAGCAGUGUUGGCGCUUUUGACGGGGGGCGGGGAAAUGCUGCUGAACGUGGCGCUGGUGGCGCUGGUGCUGCUGGGGGCCUACCGGCUGUGGGUGCGCUGGGGGCGGCGGGGUCUGGGCGCCGGGGCCGGAGCGGGCGAGGAGAGUCCCGCUGCCUCUCUGCCUCGCAUGAAGAAGCGGGACUUCAGCUUGGAGCAGCUGCGCCAGUACGACGGGUCCCGCACCCCGCGCAUCCUGCUCGCGGUCAAUGGGAAAGUCUUCGACGUGACCAAAGGCAGCAAGUUCUACGGCCCGGGUGAGGAGGAGUUGGAACGGGAGGGGGAGGACCUCCUGCAGCUCAGGUGCGACCCCCUUCUGAUGGGGAGGCCCCUGGGCACUGGGUUAGUUUCCGAGCCUUCUCGACGUCUGGACCCCUGCGCCUUGGCUGCUGCACCUGGGACGGCCCGCCCCACACACACCCCCCGCCGCGGGCACCUCCAGCUUUCCCCCCCCGAAGUCCGGGUUUCAGUGUCGCCCCAGGAACCAGCUCUCAGCUUUCAUCUUUCUACCAUCCCGUUCCUCCACGAAGCUUUUUCUUGUGCAGAAUUUUUCAAAAUCCUUUCAGUUGUCGCCCGUGCUGGCCCACAACCAACCUUCCCUGAGCUUUCUGAUUCCUGGAAUGGGUGGGGGCAGGAGGGACCGGAGAUAUCUAAAGUAGGGACCCAAAGUUGUAGGCCAG